GCUACGUCUUGUAAAAAUAUUUAACAGCAAGCUAACUUAGGCACACUGUAUUGCAUGCAGCCAUUGCAGGGGACCAGACUACGCGUGGUGCACCAUAGCUAAUGUUAGCUAGCUAUUUUACCGGCCUAACUGGUUCCGCGUGGGAGAUUAACGCAACUAGCUGGUUAACUAACCACCACAAACUACGUUUCAAACUUUAACCGACCUACGAUGGGAAGCCGAGAAACUAAAACUGCAACUAACGUAAACUAGCAACCUACGUUGGUGGCUUGUAACGUUAUGCAGUCCAUGUGUACGGCUGUGUUUGAACGAUAACAUUUCCGUUAAAUUAAAUGUCGAAUAAUUUGUUGGUAGGUAAAUCAGUCCUUGUUAAAGUAGCUACGCUAAUGUGUCAUAAGCCUGUUGUGAUUCAGUAUUAGCAAUGCGCGAUAGUUCUAUUUGGCUGGCAGUCUAAUUAUUAAAUGUAGCUCAUUUGGUGAGAAAUUACACUAUCUACGAACUAUAACUGCAGGUAAGUAUUGGGCCUGGUAGACAGGCACUGAAUCAAUGUUUGCCUUGCAUCUAGACCACUGCAGUGGCUCAGUCUUUUUCUGAACCGCGGCACAAUGAUGGGAUAAAUUGUGGCACACAUACUUUUCUUAAUUUAGUUAGUGGCAAUGACCUCAUUCGAAUCCGUACUUUGUCAUAGAUUAAGUAGGGUUUAAACUAUUUGUUUCCUACUCACGAUGGUUAAUUUGUGUGUACCCGUUUAAAACUGUCCCGCUGAAGGUGCACAUUUCUAAUAAAAAUAUGUGUAGCGCAGGUAUAGGUCGGGACGGUCUAGAGAUGAGCAUUGUAAAGGUGCUACCACAGAUACAAGACUAACUUUUUUUCUGUAGCAGAGGCUUUGCAUAAGCACAGGCAAAUCCUAACGGUUUUCAGACUAAGAAAAAUGAUAAAUUACUUUGUUCAUGAUGCACACCCCUCAAAUAUAAGAACUGCUUCAGUGCACUGAACUUGAAUCAACAAUACAGAUGUACGUUUUAUUUUACUAGGCAAGUCUGUUAAGAACACAUUCUUAUUUUCAAUGAUGGCCUAGGAACAGUGGGGUAACUACCUUGUUCAGGGACAGAACACAUUUCUUUUUUUACACCUUGUCAGCUCAGGGAUUUGAUCUUGCAACCUUUCGGUUACUAGUCUAAUGCUCUAACCGCUAGGCUACCAGUCGCCCCAUCUGCAUAAUCAUCUGUUAUUCAAUGUAUUAUCUGAUUGACUCUUUCUUGCUGCGCUGGUGCUCAAGUCGAAAUCUCACGUUCAUUCUACAGGCCACUUUUUUUUUAUGAGUGUUCCGAAGUUGAACCAUUUGUCUAGACACAGGUCUAGUGGCUAUUUAAGUCUGUUACAAGGUCACACUCAAUACCCACAUUUAGCUGAACAUGUUCCCAGAAAUGUUAAAGGUUCAAUGCAGUGUUUUUUUUAUCUCAAUAUCAAUUAAUUUCUGGGAAACAAUUAAGUCUCUUAAUGUGAUUGUUUGAAAUUAAAAUGGUCAUACAGACACAGCUUCUUAGCAAUGAACAAUUUUGCUAGGGUUGUUGCUUUACGUGGGAUGGGGGUAAACUGAAAAUUUGCUGUUAUUGGCCAAGCGGUUUGGAACUCUCUAAUUGGUUUAACUUAUUUACAGCAUGGCAACAACACCAUGGAAGACCAAAACUGGCAGAAAUGUCAGGCAGUCUUUUCAAUCUGCUCUUACAUUGAAAUGGCAUUAUCAUCACCAUUUUCACAAUUUCAUUGUAUACUUUUCCACCCUUGUAGUGUGGAAAUAUAUUCUGAGUGUACAAAACAUUAGGAACACCUGCUCUUUCCAUGACAUCAACUGACCAGGUAAAAGCUAUGAUCCCUUAUUGUCGUCACCUGUUAAAUCCACUUCAAUCAUUGUAGAUGAAGGGUAGGAGACUGGUUAACCUGUUAAUCCUACCCCCUACUUUUUCGAACAUUCUGUUAAAAAUCGCGCAACAUUUCAGCGCCCUGCUACUCAUGCCAGGAAUAUAGUAUAUGCAAAUGAUUAGUAUGUGUGGAUAGAAAACACUCAGACGUUUAUAAAACUGGUUAAAUCACGGCUGUGACUAUAACAGAACGUGCGUUUCAUCGAAAAGCGCAGGAAAAUCUGAUCACUGAAAAUGCGAAAAUAUAUCCAUGCGCCACUAGAACCCAUUGUUGAAUGUGAACCACAUUAAAUGGGGCUGAGGUUGCAAUUACCUACAGCUUCCACACGAUGUCAACAGUCUUGUCAUUUGCCUAGGCUUUGUUUCUUGGUCAAACAGACGCAAGGCAACGCAUUUCUUCCGGUCUCCGACCGGAUAUUUUGGUUGAGAAUUACCCGGACAUUAUUUCCAGACGGACAGCUAAAGAAUAUACUUCGCCUCGUGAUCAAUUUGAUCACUUAUUAACGUUUAAUAAUACCUAAAGUUGCAUUACAAAAGUAUUUCGAAGUGUUUUGUGAAAGUUUAUCGUGGACUUUUUUCAUUUAAAAAAAUGACGUUACGUUAUAAGACGCAAUUUUUUUCCCGUUUAUCACACAGUCUUCAUAGAUCGAUAUCUAGGCUAUAUAUGGACCGAUUUAAUCGAAAAAAAAGACCCAAUAGUGAUUAUGGGACAUCUAGGAGUGCCAACAAAGAUGGUCAAAGCUCAACAGUUGGUAUUUCUGAAAGAACUGGAAAAGGCCCUAUCACGUCAGCAUUGGGGGCCAAGGCGGAGCAGUAUUACUACAUUGAAUUGAAGAAGGCGCCCUUGGAUAUGGGGUGUCAUAGCGGGGAGACGAUGCGGGUCCACACUCACACCAAGUUCUGCUUCCUAUGUGUGCUCACCUUCCUGUUCCACCAGUGCAGCCACUGCCACGGCGACAGCCAGCACCAUCACCACGGCCAUCACCAAGGCGACCAUAGCGGCGCUGGUGAACAUGAUGGUCAUGAACACGCCCACAGCGACCUGCAGAUCUCCCAGGCUCCUUACGUGGGCGGAGGAGGGUCUGGUGGGGAAAUGGAUGUGCAGAACAAGGGUCCUGGUGAGGUGCUAGAGCUGGAGCAGCGCUUCUACAUCCACCAACUGUUCCGGCGUUACGGCCAGCGCGGCCAGCUGGACUUCCGUGGCUUCCAGAGCCUGCUGCUCAGCCUGGGUCUGGGGGAGGUGAAGGUGGUGGGCUUGGAGCAUGAGGAGCUGGGCCACGAUCACGUUGCCCACCUGGACCUGCUGGAGGUCCAGGAGGGGCUCCACUCACACUCGCCCACCCACGAAGAGCCAGGGCAUGGCCAUGGGCAUAGACACCAGCAUACACGGGGGAGGCCGCAUGCACACUACCACCCACACACAGAUCCAGGGCCAACUCACUCCCCCUGCAACCAGCUGGCGACCGGUGCCAGUCCCACUGUAGAUGAUGGUCCAUUGGAGGAUCACGACCACAAACAUGACCACGGCCCAGUAAAAGACGGUGACCACACUCAUGAUCAUAAACCAAAUCAUGACCACGAACAAGACAAAGAGCACAAACUCAAAGAGAGCCAACAGCUCAACCAUGAAGACCACAGCAACAAGACUCAGCCUCAUCAUGAUCAUGACCUCAAAUCCCACACACGCCCCCAUCACUCACAAAACAACACAGACAGUCCUCAAGCACAUCAAGAGCAGCCGUCCACAGCCCCGGCACAGGCCCGCCAGGAGCAGCAACCAGGGGCCGAGGCUUCAGAGGUCCCCAUUGCCAAGCCCUCUGGCCCACUUACCCUACCUCCAGAAUCCAAGCCCAGGAGGCCAAGGAAACCCAAAGGCCAGUGGGCACGAAACCAAGACCACCAUAACCACAGUCAGGAACAUGACCAUGUGCAUGGUCACAGUCUUAGUUCUGCGCCUAGGGGGAAGAGGGCGGCAGGUGAGCCCCACUUGAGCCCCAUGUUACCGGUGCCAGCCCUGCCCAGGCAUCAAGAGGACGUGGUUCAUCAGCAUGAGGAGUGUCUGAAUCUGACCCAGCUCCUCAACUACUAUGGCCUGAGUCCAGACUCCCGCAUCUCGCCCAGCCAGUUCACCUACCUGUGCCCGGCCCUGCUCUACCAGAUUGACAGCCGCGUCUGUAUCCGCCACUAUCACCAGGUGGACUUGGGGCAGGCCGCCCUGGAGCCAGCCAACUCCGUGUGGGUCUGGAUGUGGGGCUUUGUCUCCAUCACCAUUAUCAGCCUGCUGUCCCUACUGGGUGUAAUACUGGUGCCCAUCCUCAACCAGGGCUGCUUCAAGUUCCUGCUCACCUUCCUGGUUGCCCUGGCUGUGGGCACGCUCAGCGGAGACGCCCUGCUCCACCUGCUGCCACAUGCUCAAGGGGAGCACGACCACAGCCAUGGUGAGUCAGGAAACAAGAGCAACACUAAAGAGGUGGACAUGCUCACUGCCUUUGACGGGGUCUGGAAGGGCCUGACAGCGCUGGCUGGAAUCUACUUCCUCUUCAUCAUUGAGCACUGCCUCGGCAUGUUCAAACACUACAAAGACGCAGGGGGAACCUUCUGUCGUAGGAAGAAGAGGGGUGAGGAGGCCAAGAUUGGCAGGAAGCUGUCCGAUCACAUGCUGAAUCGACGCUCGGACGCAGAGUGGCUUCACCUCAAGCCUCUCACAGAGGGUCUGGACAGCACGGCCAUCUCCUGCGACAACGGCCACAAUGACACCCAGCUUACAGAGCUGCAACCACCUGACUCGCCCAGCAACAAGACGCCACUGGCCCCUGCAGACUUGCUUACCAAGGAGAAUGGCCGUCGGCCCAAGAAACACGGGCACAACCACGGUGGGCAUUCUCACGGAGGUGGGCAUGGGCACUCACAUGGCGGGAACUGCCACUCGGACCAGGAGAUGAAGGACGCGGGCAUCGCCAGCAUCGCCUGGAUGGUCAUCAUGGGUGAUGGCAUGCACAACUUCAGCGACGGCCUGGCCAUAGGUGCUGCCUUCAGUGCAAAUAUUACCGGUGGCAUCAGUACAUCUGUUGCAGUGUUCUGCCAUGAAUUGCCUCACGAACUGGGUGACUUUGCGGUGCUUCUGAAGGCUGGCAUGUCGGUGAAACAGGCCAUUGUGUAUAACCUACUCUCUGCCCUCAUGGCCUACGUGGGCAUGAUGAUCGGCACAGCCGUGGGCCAGUACACACACAACGUCACCAGCUGGAUCUUCGCCGUCACCGCUGGCAUGUUCCUCUAUGUGGCUCUGGUGGACAUGUUACCAGAGAUGCUCCAUGGCGACAGCGAGGAACACAAGCGCUGUCAGCUGGGCCACUUUGUCCUGCAGAACCUUGGCCUGCUCACCGGUUUCUCCAUCAUGCUGCUCAUUGCCAUCUUCGAAGACCAGAUAGUUUUUGACUUUGGCUUCUAGCGGUGGAGGGUGGGGCCGGUUGGUACUAGGGAAGGCAAAUGUGAGGUUGUGUCGGUACUUGUGCUGUUUCGCCUUUAAAAAGUGCUUUGUUUGUUCUGUGGUGGUCCAUUGUCCUGCAUGCAUAGUGAUCGAGCUCUCAUUCAUGCUCCCUGUGCCUCUCCAUUCUGUAGCUCAAAGCAGUGGCUUAUACAUAUCCCCCCAUUCUGUUGCCUUUCUAUGUUCCAUUGAGUUAUUCCUUUCAGCUCCUAGGUUCUAUCCUAUGCUCCUUCCCAUGUAGCUUAGAUGCUGUAUUGAAGGUACACCUCAAGGUUACACUCUCACCAACAAACACCUCUUUAGUUGAUAUUGAUAAGGCCACAUUCCUUUCGGAGACUAGCUUAUGCAAGUAACACUUUGAUCAAAAGGAAUGUCACAUUCCAAUUGGUCUAAAUACAUUUGUCGACAAGAUAAGUUCACAUAUCGGCGGCUCGCCUCAGUAUCAGCAGGUGUGCUCCACUACCUUUGAGCUUCUCUCUCAGAUAGUGGACAGAGUUCCUCACCCGACUGUGUAAGAUGGAUAACCUCCUAACCUGGAGAUUUCUCCAGACUGCUUCCCAUCGGUGCAGGGCCCUCCCCUACAGAGAGGAAGCUGUCAUGGCCCAGCAGCCCUCUGCUCAUCCAUCAUAACCCUGUGCAGUGUGUCGUCUUAUGUCGUUCCCACUCCCUUUAUCUGUUAUCAACCCUGUGGCUUGUCCCAUUAUCCAUGCCUAGUGCACCUGUGGUGCCUUCCCCUUUGCCCCCCCCCCCCAUCCAUCGUAAACUUGUGAAAUCUGUCCCGCUGUGUAUCAACAUUUAUUGUCUAAAGCCGUGGCUGUGCCAAGUCCAUUGUGGUGGCUUUGCCAAUGAACACACUGUAAUAGAGUAGCUAGGAGCUAGCUCGUCCGUAGACUCGGAAGUGUUAAAGGAAAGUGGUGCUAAAGCCCAAAUUUGUCCCCAGGCAUUGCAUGAGUCAACAGGUCUGUAUUGAAGGUCUUCGCCCUGUUGCUCUGCAAAACAAUUGAACCACAGCUUAGCUAUGCAUUUUGCCAAAAAAUGUGAAAGCCACUACCCCAACCUUAAAAGAGCGAUUGAGUGUCUAAUUAUAAUGUCUCGUGUUCAUUUGCAGCAGUCUCCAUAUUUAUAUAUUUUUUGGUCUUGUUUUUAUGGCUAAUUUGAGAAGCAUUGUGGGUAUUGAAGGUACCCAUAAUGCUACAUAGAGCUACAAAAGAAAAACGACUUUAGGUACUCACUCGGAUGUAGGCUCCAGUCAGUUUCAUUUCAUGUUAAAUGUAGACUCGGUGACGCACAAAGUAAACAGAAUAUUAACUCAAUUUCCACAACAACUAAGAGUGUUAAAGCACGGGCCUUAAGUUCUCCACUGUUUUGGUCCUGUAGCUACCCGAGCACAUGAUCAGAUACUCUGUGUGACUAUUGGAGAGCAGUCUUGCAUCGCGCUCGUCUUUAUAUAUCUGCGGUACUGAUUGAUAGCGCUGAGUCGAUCUCUAAAAUGAUAUGGGAGAAAAAAAGUUGGAUUACCUAGAUACAUAUAUAUUAAGAACCAAGAAAUAUUGCCCAACUGCAUUGAGGACUGAUGAUAGUCUGUAAACAAACAUUUGACAUUUUACAAAAUGAAACUUGCAUGCCCUAAAUCCUAUGUGAAUUGAAGUUAGUAUUUUCUUCUGUGUCGAAGAAACAGUGUUCCUUUGCGUUUACUCCAUUAUUGAGGGCACUAGCUUGUUUUUGUAGCCAAAUACAUGACCCAUGCAUUGUGUUGUGGUAUUUUCUUAUUUUUAAAUGGGUUACUGUAAGUCUUGAUUACCCCAUCGCAAUCGGGCAAAGUCAGAAGUCAAUUAGAUUGAGAGCGUAUAGUAUAUUAACUUUGUGCUUAUUACAUGGGGGUUACACUAGUUACCUUACCCACGUUAAGACCGUUUUCAGCAUCAUAUAAGCACAGGAACAGUGUAAAUCUAAAGAGUGUCACUUGUAUUGUUAAACCCUGAGAUGUUUGAUACUGUGUUGCGUAUCAUUCCUCCCAAACCAGUUUAAGAAAGUACUUGUAUCAAAUAAUACAUUUUCCUGUGUCAUUUUGAAAUUGUUCUCUGACAAUCUGGAAAAGAACAAGCAUGUCAAUGGCCUUUAUCACUGCUAAAAAUAUGCUUUGUCUAUAUAUUUGAAUAUGUUCAAAUUAGCACACUUUGCACUUGUGUAAUUGAUAUUCGACUUGUAAUCAAACCGUAUAACUAUAAGGUUAUCAGAUGUUCCUUUUAGUUUUUUUUAUCAAUCAUUAGUUGUAUAUUUUUGGUUAAAUGGGUGUAUGAGAGACACCACGCCGACUGUGCCAAAAGUGGCCCAUUUGGGUUUUCUUUACCAUAAUUCUGUGCUUGCCGUCGCCUCCUGACAUUCCAUUGGCUGUCUGCUGCUCGAGUGCUAAGCUAGCCAGCCUGGCAGCUUCACCUGCUGGAUCACAUUGAAAUGUGCAACCUCCAUUUAUCCUGUCACUGUGUGACAUCCAUCGUCUUGUCUUAUUGGCUGUGAAUCAUCGUCAAUCACAUUAAACUAAUGUACUUGAUUGGAUCGAAUCAUGCAUGAGGCAUGAGUGAAAUGGAACAGGAAAAUGUUUUGGAUGUAAUUGUUUCUCUGCUUUUGUAUAGAAAAAUGUAAAUUAAAAAGACUAGUCAAAUGUUGUUGUUUUUUUUAACCGAUCAACUGUAGCGAUGAGGAAUUCUUUGGGGCCUGCUGAGCCUAUUGGUAGAGCUUUCGUGUUUUAGAACAUUAAUGUUAAUUUGUUUUUCAUAGUUUUUCAACAUGAAAAAACAAAUAGAAAUAUGGGCUGAAUAGGAGCCUGCAAUGUCGCUAUAUUCUUUUAACAAUACAUUUUUCAUGCAAUGGAGAUGGUUACAAGUGUCUAGCCACAAUUUAGAUUACCAUGCCCCAAGGAAUAUCAGAAUCUCUUUACUGGACUAGGAGCAGCAAAUACAAAAUAAUAUGAAGGUCCAUGGUUGUUUGGUUUUUAAUUUGAUACAUUGUUUACAAACCUGGAUAUCUAAAUGUAGGCAUUGCAUUUAUCAUCCUCGCUGAUUGUCUGUGCAUUCUCUGUCUGGAAAGGAAAAUAAAGUUUGCAAAGAGCC